AACCAUCUACGACCGAUCUUUGUCUUUAGUCUUUAUAGUAUUUUGUUAACCCAUGAGUAUCCUGCAGAACCCGGCACUCCUCUCAUGAGUCCUGCUUGGUUCCUGGUUCCAGCUUUACCCAGAGCUGGAACCAGGAAAACCCUCCUUUAUCCAGCCCUACCCGGAUCCAGGAAAAAGUUUUGAUCAAACAGAAAUCUAUCUCUCUUGAUUUUAGGGAAAGAGAAGGCGAAUAUAAAAUGGAAUACGAAUCCAGUUUAAAGGAUGAAGAGCAAGGAUCUGAUUCUUAUUCUUCAGCUUACGAUUCAACCUCUUCUAUUUCUUCAAUAGGUUCCACUAUACCCUCUAUGGCUGCAUCUCUGGACUAUCUCGAGCAGAAUGUGCAAAGUAGAUCGUUUCUAGAAUGUUUAGUGAAUGAAACCAGUUUAGAUAAUCAGCAAAACAUUGAAGACGGGAAUAGACUUCGUUCAGAAACUGAAUCUAAGGAUUCAGCGAUAGAUAAUAGAUUUGAUAGUGAACAAACCACACCAACAGGUAGAUAGAUAGAUAGAUAGAUAGAUAGAUAGAUAGAUGAUUAUUACUUAUUUGUAACUCUCUA